UAUAUAAGCGGGCUGAGGCCGGUCGUGUGCCAGGCUCACCGGCUCACGCGAGCUGAUCCAGAGCACAGACAUUCACAAGACGCGUGCUGCCAGUCCCGCUUCACACAGCCGGUCCCGCCGGACUCGAGCACUGAGAACUCCUGCACCCCCCAGAUUGGAACCCGUCCCGCUGCGGCAUGGACUCCGCGUAUUCGGACAUCGACAGCAACAGCUGCGACUUUUUCUCACACACUGACGAGGAGGACGCCCGAGUGCCGCGCCCCACCUCUCCUGAGCGCGGGCAACAGCAAAGGAAGCGGCGCCGAGGCCGGGCGCGCUGCGAGGCGGUCGUGCAGGUGGUGAAAAAGAACCGGCGGCUGAAGGCUAACGACCGGGAACGGAACCGCAUGCAUAACCUGAACGACGCGCUGGAUGAGCUGCGCGGCGUCCUGCCGGCCUUUCCGGACGAAACCAAGCUGACCAAGAUCGAGACUCUGCGCUUUGCGCACAACUACAUCUGGGCUCUGUCCGAGACCAUCCGCAUCGCAGACCUGCAGGCGGGGAGGCGCAACGACACCCCUCUGCUGCUUAACCCCUCGUGCCUCCGCGAGACCCCGAGUCCAGCCAGUGACCCCUGCACGUGGAGCCCCAGCGGAUCCUCGUCCGCCUCCUCCCCGGCGUACUGCGCGUCCAGCCCGGGCAGCCCCGCCGCGCCGGAGGACUACAGCUGCCUGCAGAAGGAAGCGCUGUUUGGCUUUCGCAGCUUUAUGCCGGGCAUCUACUGAGGCGCGUGCAGAGGGCACGCGGACAAGUUUGUGCUGGAAUGAUAUACCCGAGUUUGCCUUACCCAGCUCCCACGGGGCUGCCUCCGGUCGGAGGUGAAAAGUCAGAGUAAAUUUGUAAAGUGAUGAAGCAGAAAACUGAGCGUGAAAAUUGAGUUUCAGCGCGCGGACAAAAGCCUGAAAAGAGCCGCGCACGAUCUCUCUUGAUUGUCUAUUUGACCUGUCUGUCACUCACACGCACGCAAACACUUACACAAAACACACUGCCGUCACCUCUGUUGGAUUUUUGUUUUAAUUUAUUUUAUAGUAACGAGAAAUCUGUAUUUUGUACAUAAAGAGAUUUUUAUUCUAUUUACUGAGACUUUGCUUUUUUACAGAACAAAUAAAAUAUAACUUUUGUAUA